AUGGAUGAGAACCUGUUUUACGAUAGAUUGCACCAACGGUGCCCCAGGGAGUUUUUGCUGAAGGAGUUAGAAGCGGGCGAACAUAAUGUUGUCUUGCUUGCGUCAAGAUUCAUGAGCGAAAUGGAACAAAUGCAAAAUACGAAUGCAUACUACUGCAAAACGAUGAUAAAAGCUUUGUUGGAUAACGAAUGGAUCUUCCGCAAGGCAUUUUCAAUAAUCAAUGAUGACGAAGACGAGACCGAGAUAUCUGACUAUCUCUAUGAGAAGUACAUAGAACUACUGAGCACUCGCAAACCAGACCCGACGAUGAAAGAAGUUGUAAGAUACAGGUUUGACGAGAAGGUGAAAAUUAGAAUUGAGGAAACACCGAAUUUGAUCAGUGCGGCCAGCACUACCGGGUUCAGAACAUGGGAAGCAGCCUUAUAUAUGGGAGAUUUUCUUAUCAAUAAGCCUCUGCAACAGUUGGCGCUGAUGCAAAAGGAAGACAGAAAGAAAUUGAAUGUUCUCGAAAUCGGCGCCGGGACAGGCAUUGUGAGUCUCGUCCUCUUGGAAAAGUAUCGCGAGUUCGUGAACAGGAUGUAUGUAACGGAUGGCGAUUCGAAUCUGGUGGAGAGACAACUGAAGAGGAAUUUCGAGCUGAACGAUGCGUUGUGCGAGAACGGGCCAGACGUUAAAUUACAACGACUAUGGUGGGGAAGCGAUAGAAUUCCCGACGAUAUAGAUCUUGUGGUGGCGGCGGAUGUUACGUAUGACUCAACGAUCUUCCCUGAACUGUGUCAGUGUCUAGCAGAAUGCCUCGCCAUUAGCCGGUGUAAGAUGUGCCUUCUGUCAGCGACGAUCCGAAGCGAAUCCACCGACAAACUGUUUGCCCAAGAAUGUAAUAAAAUCGGGUUGAAUUACACAGUAGUCUCCAGUACCGAACAUGACAAGGACAGCGAGUCCCGAAUGAAGACUCUGACGUUCAAACCCUUGAUCGCGCCCAUACGAAUUUACAAGGUAGUGAGACUCUAG